GAUCUUGUUUUCACGCCCAGUUCGGUCAAUGCUAGUGUUGGAGAUUCGAUAUUGUUCCUGUUCGAGUCUGGGAAUCACUCAGUAACGCAGUCAACUUUCGACAAUCCUUGCGAAAGACUAUCUGGAGGUCUCGAUUCUGGCUACGAGGCGAAUGUCAACAAUGCAGACACGACUACUCCCAAUUACACGAUCAGUGUUACAAGCUCAAAUUCAGAAUGGUUUUACUCAAAACAAGGCACCGAAUGUGAAGAUGGAAUGGUUUUCGCGCUGAACCCCUCAAGUGCCCAACCA